AUGUCCGAACAGCAAGAUGCCGCCGCCCAGGCCAUCGAGCAGCUCACACAGCACUUGAAACAAGUUCAGCAGCACCCGUCCCUCCCGCUCGAUGCCUCACUAUUUGACGCCGUGGAACCUCUUGCGACUUCAAACUCCUUGGACUCCAAGACGGCCUAUGAGCUCCUCUCUCAAAUGACGCGCCUUUUCAGCGUGCUCCAACAAGACCCUACCCCAGUCAUUCAACUGGUGACCAAGCUCGGCGCUGGAUUCGACUUUGACACUAUCAGGUCACUGGAUCCGCCCAUCGAGUUCGCAGGCGCUUUGGUCUUGGCAGCUACGCCGUACCAUGCACUAGCACUGCAGACCCUGGAAAAGGCAGCUAAGGAUGUACGACAUGCUGAGUACAUUGCCAGUAUCCCGAACGUCAUCUCCCGCUUGAUCACCCUGUGGCUUGCAACCGACGACAUCGGCACUGCAGAGAGGGCCGGCAACGUCUUAUAUGAACUUCUCAAAGUCGACCGGGAUCCUGCCGACGUUAUGGGAAUCGAAUCUGCCCCAGAUUCCAUGAGCAGCAGCAACCCUCACGUAGCAGUAGAUGAGCCAGCUUCAGGUACGAGUGCGACCCACGGCACUGGGUUCGUAUGGAAACGCGUCUUUGGUGAUAGAGAUGUCUACACGCUUUUCUUCUGUCUUUGCGGUGGCAAAAGCGUCACUCAUGGCAUUCCUGACCUCAGCAGAUCUCAAAAGACAGUUGCUCAAGCUCGCUUGAUGUCGUGGCUUCCAAAGGUCGGCGCGCUCAGCUGGGAAGCUAUUACACGCUCGCACCAUCCAGAGAUCGAGCAGAACUAUGGACUGAAGUCCCCUGGCCUCCUGGACUUCAUAUCCCUGCACAUCGUUGACUACGAUGGAGACAUUCUGAUGCACAUAAGUCUCAUGGAGUUCUUCUCGGAUCUCUUGAAGACGUGCAACCAACCAUCCAAGCAUACUGCAUCUCAUCACGAGUCAAACGCGCUCGAUUACCUUAAGUCACGCAAGCUACAUGACAGAACUCUGAGCUUCUUCCUCAACCCCACUGCUCACGAGUCGUUCGAAAUCUCCUACCUUUACGGUCCAGCUGCAAACUAUUUGGCGACAUAUGCGUCGACUUACCCCACAGACUUCGAAUCGAGUGAGGUUAAGGCUACGACACUUCGUCGCCUCAUGAAUGUCUUUGGCACUAUGAAGCCUGCCCAAUGGGUCCACGGGGAAUCGCCCCGUCACGACCUUCAUGUCCUCGCCUCGCUGCCGCGGACUACUCUCCUUGCCGACUCCACCGCCAUCUGGGCCUCUUCUCCUCUCUCCCUCAUCCCCGGCUCCCGUUCCACCAACCCCGACGCCCUUCAUACUCUUGCAACUAUCUUCCACGGACCGGAAGAUCCCACCAAGGACCUCGUUUUCCCGGCACCAACCGCACCGUCCCGCACCAGCGCCACCUUCCCCGAACGUCUUACCGCCGAGCGGUCCGCUGCACGUGCCCUCUGCGCGCUCUUUACGCAGCACAACUCGUCUUUCUGGACCGAUCUCGUCCAGCUCGCCGAGACUGUCGCUCUCAAGGACACGGCCCUCGCGUCGCUCAACUUCAUCAACGCGCUCGUCACCGCCUCAUGGUCCACCGAAUCCUUCCCGUCCGCUGCGCCAUCCGACUUCCCCUCGAACGGUCUCGCAACCUUACUCCGACCCGGAAACCCUGUCGUACCAUACAUGCUGCGGCCGGCCCCGUCGUUCUCCAAUCUGGUUGGUGGCAGGGGUGACGCGGAGAACGCAGCGUACCAGGUUGCGUCAAGGAAGUUCGAUGUCUUGCAGACAUUGCUGAAGAGGUUGGAGCAAAGCUCAGCCGAGGAGGUGCCUGGCAGAGAUGGUUUGCUUGAGAUGCUCAGGGGAAGGGUGAGCGAGGGCGUUUGGGGCAGGGGUGGAGACGUUGGAGGACGGAUCGGAACAUUGGAGUUAUAG